AUGUACACUGUAGUUACUGCAUUUACCGCUAGGACAAAAACAUUAAAUGCUUUUACUGCGUUUUCUUCUAGUAUCACAAGCACUUUGUUGUUAUCAUUUGCCAUAAACAUGUUUAUUGAUGUGAAUUCAUUACCUAUUGAAAUAUUAUAUGAACCUGAAUUAAACUCAACUGCAUUUAUAGAAAAUAACAAUGUAAAAUCAGCUGAAACAGAAGUAAAUCAACUCGAUUCAACUAUAUUUGAAUAUAAUGAUCCAGGACAAUGUGAUACUAAUGAUUUAACAAUAAUUAAUCAAUUGAGUGAACAAUUGGAUGCAGUUGAAUUAUUCAGAAAAGAUGGCAAUCCAAGGAUCAGAAAGAAAUACAACGUUGGAUUGAAGGAUAGACAAAUGAGAAUGUUAGAAGUACUUAAGCUUAAACAUAAAGUUCUCCCACCAUGUAUCCAAACCUGUAGGAAGAAAUGUACAACAAAAAUUAGUGAAAAAAGAAGGUUUGAAAUUAACUUGCAAUUUUGGAAACUAACAUGGAAGGAGAGACGGGAUAUUAUUUUUAAUUUGUGUGAAAGACUAAAUGUUAAAAGGAAAGUUUCUAUAGGAAUUAAAAACAAAACAUUUACUUACAAAUAUCAUUUAACAAAUGAAAAUUCAGUAAAUAUUGAAGUAUGUAAAACAUUUUUCCUUACAACUUUUGGUUACAAAAAAAAUAAUGACCGGGUAGUUUUUGACAUUCUUCAUAAAACACCCAUAGGAGACUUAUGCCCACCUUCUAAUAGACAUUCAUUGAAAACUAAAUAUACCAAUAGCAAUUAUAAUAGUAUAGCACAUGAUUUAGUUAAUUCAAAUAUUGAAGAGUUCAAUCCUAGUAUUUCGCAUUAUCGCAGGGAGCAUGCACCAAAUACUAGAUACCUACCAAGUGACAUUAAUGCAUCCCUCAUGCAUUCUUCUUUCAUUGAAAAAAAUCCAGACUGUAAUAUUUCAUAUGAGUUUUAUAGACAAAAACUAAAAGAAAAACAUAUUUCAUUUGCAACUCUAGGUAAUGAAGAGUGUGAAGUUUGUGAGUCAUUUAAGCUUCAUGAACAUAAUGAUGAAUCAUUAACCCUUGACUGUGAUAUUUGUAAAAUUAAAAUUGAACAUUCUACCCGUUAUACUAAUGCUAGAGCUUUGUAUCAACAACACGCUGCUGCAGCAGCUUUAACCGAUGAUAUAGUUUAUUAUUCUGCAGAUUUGCAAAAAGUUAUUAUGCUACCUCGGGCAGAUGCAUUUAAGAAAGUAAUAUUUGUCAGAAGGUUAGUAGCUUACCAUGAAAGCUUUGUUCCCCUUGGUCCGAAAUCAAAGCAUAAUACCUUAGCUUGUAUUUGGCACGAAGCCAUUAGUGGUAGAAACAAAGAGGAUUUGAUCAGUACUUUCUAUGUUUUUUUCAAAGAAUUGAGAGAUAUUCCACACAUUGUGCUCUGGUUGGAUAAUUGUUCAAGUCAGAAUAAAAAUUGGGCAUUAUUAAGUUUUUUAGUUUUUAUAAUUAAUUCUAAUGAAAUAAAAUCUAAAUUUAUUGACUUAUAUUUUUUUGAACCUGGUCACACCUUCAUGAGUGCGGAUAACUUUCAUCACCAGGUUGAAAAAGCACUAAAGAAACAAAAAAAAACAUAUGACUUCCAAGAUUUUGCUAAUGCUGUAAAAAAUGCAAAAAAAGAGGUUAUUGUAAAAUGUAUGGAACAUGAUGAUUUUUUUUUGUGGACUGAUAAUAAGUCCCCCAAAAAGACAAAUAAAAAAGCUAACCGUGUGAUGCUUAAAAAUAUAAUUACUAUUAGAGCUGUACGAGGACAGUAUGAUCUUUUAUACAAAACUAAUUUGAACGAUGAAAAUUAUGGGCGUUUAGACUUUUUAAAAAGCAAAUUUAUUAAUAAGCAAAUACUAAUGCCUCCAGCUAAAGUAGCUCCAUGUGGAAUUUCUGAGUCUAAAAGAAAUGAUAUCUUAAAUACCCUUAACCAAGUCUUACCAGAAGACAGGAAAGUUUUUUGGAAAAAUUUACCAGUUUUUUGA